CAGUUUUGUUUUCUUCUGUAUUUUUUUCUGAGUCAGAUUCUAGCUCCUCGGUUAGGGUAUCUACCUCUAUUAGCUUCACAAGUUAAACCUUUCUUCAGUGGUGCACUACCCCCAGGUGUGGACACUGUUUGGUUUGAGUACAAGGGACUUCCUCUGAAAUGGUAUAUACCUAUUGGGGUACUCUUUGAUCUUCUCUGUGCAGAACCAGAAAGACCAUGGAAUCUAACGGUACAUUUCAGAGGAUACCCUGGAAGCAUUUUAACUCCAUGUGAAGCCGAAGACACUGUGAAAUGGAGUUUUAUAAAUUCUUUAAAGGAGGCAGCAUACAUCAUUAAUGGCAACUGCAAAAACAUCAUGAAUAUGUCUCAAAGUGAUCAAUCAGAACUUUGGCGCUCUGUUUCAAACAGUAAUUUGGAAGCUUUUCUCCGAGUUUCAUCUAAGCUUAAGCUGGGUAUGCACGGAGAUGAUUUUUCAAUGAAGUUGGAUUCUUACAAGUGUAGGCAAAGUAGUAAAAAUGAAGGAGAAGCUCCGGAAGGAGCAGUAAAACCAGGAAGAAUCCCGGUACGUUUGUAUGUUCGGAGCUUGAGUGAGGAUUUUGAUUGUGAAGGCUAUGCACCUGUGGUUGAGAGUUGGGACAAGAUCUCUUACAUCAACCGGCCUGUUGAGAUUUGUGAAGAUGGCAAGUUCUUCACAUUGGGGGAUGCACUAAGAAUGCUACUUCCCGAGUUUUUUGUGGACAAUUCUACCCCCGAAGAUGACAUGACCUGCGGAGUGGAAGAAGACGAGGGCAAAAGAUCUACUUCACAAGAGGCAAGCGCCAAGGAAACCAGAGGAGGAGAUUCAUCAGAUAGAAAUGCAGAAAUCAAACUUGUUCGGAUACAGGGAAUAGAACCGAAGCUGGCGAUCCCUUUUGCUUGGGUGGUGAAAAACUUGGUGAACCCAGAAUACUUUCUCCACAUUUGUGUAUUCAUCAAAACUCCAGACCCAAUUGCCAUAUAAUGUGAGCUGAGGGAGAUGAGAUCUUCUUGCCUCUUAGCUUUCUUUUGAUGGGAUUUUAAGAGAUUUUCUCAAUAUGUGUGGAGGGAGAUGGUAUAGACGUAUAGUUAGUUCAUUUGCUGUAUAGGGAGUGCUAGGAUUUGUGUACAUAACAUUUAAACAGACUUCUUUUAUUAUUACUUUAAAAAGCUCUUAGUAUUUGUUACAGUAGUUUUUUAGGGUAGAUUAUAAUAAUCUUAAUAGCUGAUU